AUCUUAUUCAAAUUCUUAAACAUCCUCUAUUUGAAGUUAAUGAAUUAUAUUCUAAUUUACAAAAACUCAAAAAAUAUUGUGAAAAAUUACCAUUAAUGGAAAUACGAAGUCAUAAAGUGCUAGUAAAAAUUCAUAAAACUCCUUCUACUACCAAAGAAACAACUCAAACUUAUUAUUUUUCACUUAUUGAACAUUUAAAAAGAAUAUUACAAAUUCCUAUUAUUAAUUCAAAAUUAUAUUUUGGACCAGGAGUUUAUAAUGAAACAUGUGAAGAAUUUUGGCAUAGAGAUCUUUGGGCUGAGUCACCUUUAUUUGGUCAAUCAAAAAUUAAUAUAACAAAAGGUGAAUUUGCAAGUAGUGAUUUUAUUCGCUAUUAUACCUUAAAUCAUAAUAUUAAAUAUGGUUGGAUUAGAUCAUUUAUUAUAGUAAAAGGUAUUUUAAAGGUUCGGAUUCAACUUUUAUUAUCUUUUAAUGAAAUUCCUUUACAUCUUAAAUCACAAGAUCGAUUUUUAAAUGCUAAUCAAAAACUUUGGUUACUUGAAGA